AUGUCUCUCAUCAAGGACUCCGACAACGUCUUUGACGCCUUCGAGCACCGCUUCGAGAAUGAUGCUGGGCACUGGCAGCGAAUGUCGCGUCACAUCGGCAUCGACAACGACCUAGACGCCGCAACGCGCCAAACACAGCUCGAGGAGCUCCUCAAGGUCAUGCUCGAGGACAAAUCAAUCAUGGAGGAAAUCAUGGCGGAGCAGAAGCAGGACCGCGCUAAUAUCGCUGCCGCUCUCAAGACCUGCGACGAGGUUGUUGCCAAUGCUGCCAAGAAGCUGCCACCGAAUGAGAACGCUCUCCUGACUAAGAUCAACACUACGCUCAAAGAGCAGCUUGCCAUCGCCGAGACCGUCACUGUUGGCUUCGACGUCGCGUACAAGCUCAAGUUGAAGAUGCUUGCGCGCAAUGACACCUACUACAAGGCUCUGCUGGCUGCGCGCAAGGCUCUCGAAGCUGGCAAGCCGUUUCCUGACGGAGCUGAACUGGCUGCUGAGUGGCUCUAUACCCAGGAGGCUGCGGAGGACGAAGCGAAGAUGAAGGCAAUGCGGCAGACUGUAGAGCUCGGGGAGGCGUCUCGCUUGAGCCAGAAGAUGAUGGACAGCAACAUCAACAUGGUGCGUGUGUUCCAGGCGCGUAUGGAGCAGAUGGAGGGCUGA